UGUAAGUUAUGUCAAAGCAGGAGCUGUCCCACUGCUGGCUUCAAUGUCUUCUUCUCCGACCUGAGGCUGGGAAACAUUGUAUGUAGAAAUCUUCUUGAAGUUGUUUCACGUUGAACCCCCGCCUUACAGAGUCCCUGAAGAUGGAGAAAAACAGAGAUCAUGUGGCUAAGAAGAUAUUAAAGCUUACCCUAAAGAUCAUCUACCUGCUGACCGGAGAGGACUAUGGGCCUAUCCACAAACAAUGCGUUUGCAACACACCCCAAAACAAAAGCCAGAGCCUCAUGAUGGAGCCUCCACCUCCUUCCCCAAUCCCUGAGCGUAGCAAUGACCAGAAAAUCCUAGAAGUCACCAACAAGAUCAUUGAGCUGCUGACAGGAGAGGUCUCUAUAAGGUAUGAGGAUGUCACCAUAUUUUUCUCCAUGGAGGAGUGGGAGUAUUUAGAAGGACACAAGGAUCUCUUCGAGGACAUUGUUGUGGAUGAUCGGCAGCCCCUGACACCUCUUGGAGACUCCAUUACCUGCAAUACACCAGAAAGAUCUCCUAGUCCUGUCUAUGCACAAAAUUGUUUAGAGAACGUCGUCAACGUAUCGCAACAAACUGAAGUGGAAAAUGGUAGUAUUACCCGAGAUCCUAAAGAGAAAGACGACCAUGGGUCUGUAAAUGAAGAUUGCGGUGUAUCAAAGGACUGUAGGCAGGAAACAGAUCAUCCUCCUAAAGGUUUAAAACACAAUGUUGGCCAUAUCGCUAAAGAUCCUAGACAGGAAGCCGGCUACGUCCAAGACGAUAGCGACCAGGACGUUGAUCAAAUCCAAAAAGACUGUAGGAAGGAAAUUGACCUAAUCCGAAAAAUUUGCAGGCAAGAGGUUGAGACGAUGUUGAAGGAUUGUAAACGGGAAAUCGAACGCAUCCAGGACUGCAGACAGGAAGUCAACUGCCUCCCUAGAGAUUGUAAACAGGAAGCUGGCCACCUUUUAAGGGAGGGCAGACAGGAAGUCGACUGCAUCCCUAGAGAUUGUAAACAGGAAGUGGUCGGCAUCUCCAAGGAUUGCAGGCAGGAAACUGAACGUACCUCAGUGGAUUGUAAAUUGGAAGUUGACACCACCUUAAAGGACUGUAAACAGGAAGUUGAACAUAUUCCAAGAGACUGUAGGCGGGAAGUUAACGCCAUGCCCAAGGACUGUAAACGAGAAGCUGAGCGAAAUUUAAAGGACUGCAGAUGGAACUCUGGCCAUGUCCUGAAGGACUGGGAGCAAGAAGACAAUGAGGUUCAGCAGUAUUACGAGGAUGAGCAACUGAAAGAAGUAAAAAUUGAGAUCUUGUCAGAUGAUGAGUGGGAUGAUGAAGAAUGGGAUGAGUCAUAUAAGGAAGGAGAAAGUCCUAUUUAUAUUAACACAGAUGAAUCCAGUGGCGGAAAUACACCUGAGAAAAGUACCCAAAAUCUUUACAUUGAUUGCACAGAAGAUGAUUAUGAGUCCUCACAGGAUUAUCAGCGACUUGUUCGGCCUCAGGAAAAAGCAAGCUCUUCGCUAAGUAAAAGCGGUUCUCAGAUUUUACCAAAAAGUCAGCCCGAUACUGGAACUCCAUCCUCCACAACACUAAACAACAGCAGCAUGGUGAAAAUGUGCUCUAUGGGGCAGAGGACUUUCUCUCCCGGUCAGAUGGAGUUAAUGACUCGCUUUGGAAUGCCGCCCGCUCAAGAGCAUACCCAAAUGCUACAACACCACCAACAGCAGCAGCAAAAAAAUAUCAACACUGCCCGAAAAACUACCUCAGACAUUCAGACGCUCCAGAAUUUUUUGAGUGAAAUGAGCGAAAACCGUAAAGUCGAAGAAAUACCUCAUACCGAGCUCGACACGAUGCUCUCAAAAUUUCUUCUAGUCGUGAAAAGGAAGGACGGCAACGAGUACGAGCCACACACCCUCCGCUGCAUGGUGGGAAGCAUUGAUCGGUACCUGAAAGAACACAAUUAUAUGCAUACAAUCGUAUACGGGAACAGCAAGGACUUCCCAUUGACCAAGCAGUCGCUCAAUGCCAAAAUCAAAUUUUUGAAAAAGAUUGCAGAGAGCAAUCCGCCGAUCAGGCAGGAGGCUUUGACCGACGACGACAUUGAAAACCUCUACAAGAGCGGUACGCUGUCCAUGGACAAUCCGACGAGCUUGCUCAACUUGGUGUUCUUCAACAACGGGAUCCAUUUUGCCCUUCGAACGAAAGAGCAGUACAACCUCCAAUGGGGCGACAUCAAGCUGAAAAUCGACCCAAGAGGGAACCAGUAUUUGGAGUACACCGAUCGCCAGAUGGAGAUGGUGGAAAAUCGCAAAAAUGUAAGACAUGUAAAGCCAAGGAUGUACGGGACACCGCAUACCCCAGACAGAGAUCCAGUGACGGCGUUCUUAAAGUACAGGAGCUUUAGGCCCGGAGCCAUGAUGGCGCCAGAUGCCCCUUUUUACUUGGCACCUAAUGUCAACUACAACCCCGCCUUCUCGGAGUGGUACCGUUCCACCAAAAUUGGAAUCCAAAAAAUUCGAGCCAUGAUGACGACCAUGAAAAUCCGGGCAUCUCUUCCUGAAUCGAAGAAGAAAGUAGGAUAUAUUACAAAAAAGAGAUUGGUCGAAAGACUUCCGCAGCAUCUCUUGACAGCCCCGUCAAUGUCGCAAACCAUGCCCAACAAUGUACGCCAUCCGAUUGCCACUGAGGUAAUGCAACAUAAAAUGCCCGCCAUUAUUAACAACAUCCCGACAUCUAUGGCAAGCCAGUCCCAAGAUAAAAUGUUGACGCCUGCCAGCAGUUUCCACCCACGACCUUCAACGAGCAGAUACGGAGAGCCACCUGUCCAUAAAAGAAGCUUCAUAGACCCUGACUUAAUUCAGCAUCACAAUGCGGUCCUGCAUCGCAAUUCAGCACUUUUUCUCAAUAGCUACACUCAACUCAUGGAGGAUGAACCAGCAAAGAAGCGCAAAAUGGUCCCUUACGAAUGAAGUCGGAGGAGAGUGACGUCACGAUGGUGUGCUCCAGCUGCCUUCUAGAGCAACUUUUUGAAAAGUUGCAUCCUGGACUUCUGUUGAGUUCUCUAUUUUUUAAUCAUAUUCAUGAUUAUGAUUUUCUUAUCUUUCACCUCAAACUCUAUUUAUUCAACUUUUUAAGUCA